UCUUAAGGAUAGCUGGCUAUUAUCGUGCAAAGACUUCAUGCCACUCGAGAGAAACGAUCUUUACCGGCCUUCAACUUCCUCUUCCCGUAGCUGGAUAUAAUGGCGUCUGGAACACUUUACACGUACCCUGAAAACUUCAGAGCCUACAAGGUGCUCAUUGCAGCUCAAUUUUCCGGUGCUCAGAUCAAGAUCGCGGAUGAUUUUGUUUUCGGUGAAACAAAUAAAACUGAAGCCUUCUUGAAGAAGUUCCCGUUGGGCAAGGUCCCAGCAUUUGAAACAUGCGAUGGAAAAUGUAUUACAGAAAGCAAUGCAAUUGCUUACUAUGUUGCCAAUGAUCAGUUGAGAGGUAAAACUGACCUGGAACGCGCAGAAAUUAUCCAAUGGUUCGGCUUCGCAGAUUCUGAAAUUCUUCCAGCCAGUUGUGCAUGGGUGUUUCCAUUGCUUGGAAUCAUGCCAUACAACAAGCAGAAUGUAGAACACGCUAAGGAUGAUGUAAAGAAAGCAUUGAUUGCCCUUAAUUCUCAUCUGCUUACACGUACUUAUUUGGUUGGAGAACGACUGACAUUAGCGGACAUUAGUGUAGCCAUGACAUUAUUACAUUUGUAUCAAUAUAUUUUGGAACCGAACCUACGUAAACAGUAUCAGAAUGUGAAUCGAUGGUUUCAAACUGUCAUUCAUCAGCCUGAGUCAAUGGCUGUAAUCGGUGCCUUCAAAUUGGCUGAGAAAACUCUCGAGUAUGAUCCAAAGAAGUUCGCGGAAACUCAAGGAAAAUCCUCGAAGAAAGAAAAGAAGGAGAAAGAGUCUAAGAAAGAAAAAGAACCUAAGGAACCAAAAGAAUCCAAGAAGGAGAAGGAGACCGUUGAGGAGUUGGACCCGGCAGAAGCCGCUUUAGCCGCUGAACCUAAAACUACAAAUCCUUUUGAUACAUUACCUAAAGGCAGUUUCGAUCUGGACGACUUUAAGAGAUUUUACUCUAACGAAGACGAAGCCAAAUCCAUACCUUACUUCUGGCAAAAGUUUGAUCCCGAAAACUAUAGUAUUUGGCUUGGUGAAUACAAAUAUAACAAUGAAUUAACAAAGGUUUUCAUGUCUUGCAAUCUUAUAAGUGGAAUGUAUCAACGAUUAGACAAAAUGCGGAAGGACGCAUUUGCCAGCGCUUGUCUAUUUGGUACAGAUAACGACAGUAGCAUCAGUGGUAUUUGGGUUUGGCGUGGACAAGAGCUUGCUUUCACGCUGUGCCCAGAUUGGCAAAUAGAUUACGAAUCGUACAGUUGGAAUAAAUUAGACCCAACUAAAGAAGAAACUAAGGAACUGGUUCAGCAGUACUUCAGUUGGACCGGUACCGACAAGGAAGGACGUAAAUUUAAUCAGGGAAAAAUUUUCAAGUAAAACUUUGCCAUAUGCUUAUUAUUAAACAGAACACUUUGUUCGCAUGAAAUAAAUAUAAAAAAAACAACAAAAAAGCUAAUGAGAUAUUAUCAAAGUUUACGUGUAAACCCUUAGUAUCCUGCAUUGAAUAGGAUAAUUUUCAGAAAACGAAAUCGAAUGUUCCUCUUUUUUUUUAGGUCUUUGUUACGUGAUUUGAUGCUUUUAAUUUAUAAGUUUUUUUGUCACGUUCGAAACUCGAAAUAGUUUUUACACACUGUUUUAUAUAUAAGUUGUCAUAUGGUAUUUGGAUUUGUUUUAACAUUGUAUGAACAUCAUUAAUUUUUAAAAAUCUAUGCACUACUUAUGACAUAGCAUUUGUUUUGGCAUGCACAUUUACAGAAAUUUCGCUUUCAUACAAUUCUCUAUUAGAUUAUGUAAUUUAUACAUAUCGCUUUUAAUAUAUGUCGUCAACGAGAGAAAAUAAUUUAAUAGAUUUAAGAAGUUACUUUGUUCAUCUGUUAUUGUUUAAUAAGGAAGCAUAUAGCAUGAUUUUUUUUAUAGGAACAUCGACAUAGUAUAAACAUCUAUUUAAAUAUGCUAUGUUCAUAAUAAUUCAUCUUCCAUAUGCUAGUUGUGUGGACUAUAAUUUUAAAUGCAUAUUUUUACAAAAAUGGUGUUGUUGAUUCUUUAAGUAUCAGAGUAAUACAAAUAUUAAAUUAUUUA